AUGAAAACUUUUCUGGAUGUUCUCCGCUUCGGCUAUCUUCGAAAUUUGACUUUCAAUGAACUAGAAAAAGCCACUAGUAAUUUCAAUGAAGAACUUGGUAGUGGAGCUUUUGCAACAAAUUUGGACAAGAUCGAGAGAGACUGUGAGAAGGAAUUCAAAGCUGAGGUGAAUGCAAUUGGGAGAGCAAAUCACAAAAAUUUAGUGAAACUACUAGGAUUCUGCAACAAGGGGGAACAUCGCCUUCUGGUUUAUGAGCUCAUAAGAAAUGACAACUUAGCAAAUUUCCUAUUUGGAAAUUCAAGACUUAAUCGGUUCAAAAGAAUGCAAAUUGCUUUUGGAGUUACAAGAGCCAAGCUAUUGAAGACAGACAAGACUCGAACUUCAACUGCAAUUAGAGGAACUCAAGGAUAUAUUGCCCCUGAAUGGUUUAAGAACCUGCUUGUUACUGUCAAGACGUAUAGAAACAUAUCUUUGGGUUCAUCUCUCGCUGCUGAAAGUGAUAAUCCUUUCUCGACUACACCAUCUGAGGAUUUUGCUUUUAGAUUCCAACAAGUUGGUGACGCUGGCUUCUUAAUAGCCAUAUGGUUCAACAAAAUACCUGAAAGAAUCAUAGUCUGGUCAGCGGAUAGAAAUAAGCUAGUUCAGAGGGGAUCAAGAGUUCGACAUACCACAAAUGGAUUGGUGAGACAGGCUUGCUUGAGUGACUGCUAUUGUGAUGUUGCCAUUUUCAGAGAUCGAAAUUGUUGGAUGAAGAGAAUGCCUCUCUCUAAUGGGAGAAUAGAUCUAAACGUUGAUGGAAAAGCCAUGAUAAAAGUAACAAUAGGCAGCUCUACUACAGGUCCAAACUCAAAGAAAAAUGAUCGAUCCACUUCGAUGAUAACGGGCUCUGCACUUAUAGGCAGCUCCCCAUGUAACGUCAGGCCAGAUGUGAAUCUGGUAAGUUUUAAUUAUAAUGAGCUCGAAACAGCUACUAGAGGAUUGAAGGAAGAACCAGGAAGUGGUGCUUUCGUUCGGAACGGUUUACAAAGGGGUUCUAGCCAAUGA